AUGCGCUUCCAGUCACCCCAGCUCGGCGCCCUGGGCGUCACCUUCACGGCCCUUCGCGCCGCCCAGUUCCUCUCGCUUGUGACCAUCGUCGGCUUGACUGCCAACUUCAUCAAUGAAUUUGCUUCUUCGCAGCGCGAGGUUCCUGACGUUCUCGUUGGGACUGUCACUGUGACCAGCAUCGCCACGCUCUACGUGGCUAUCUCUUACAUUCUUUACUACGACGGCAUGCUCCCUCUCUUGGUUGCCGGCGGGGCUGAUUUCGCCCUCUUGGUAGCACUCAUCGUCGUCGCCGUCACCAUCGGCAAGCCGCUGUCUAUGCUCCAGUGCCAGCUACUCCCGGAAUCCGUCUCAACGACAGAAACAUUCGUUACAUACAUCACUGGCCGUGGCUAUUCGUCUGCCGCUGCCAGAUACAACAGCUAUCUGGCCCUCAUCACGACCGACCAGCCUCACUGCUACGAGAUCAAGGCAGUCUGGGGCCUCGGCAUUGCUCUAAGCGUCCUCUUCGCCUUCUCGGCCAUCGGGUACGCGGGCGUCCGUGGUGGCUUCUUCGGGGCAGCUCCUCCUCCUCCGGUCCAGCAGAUCUCGGGCCCUAUGGCCCUCGGCACACGGCUUCUGAGUCCUGGUAUCGGAUCGCGGUACCCGCCUCCGCUUUCGCUACCCCAAGCGUCGUAUCGUCGCCCCGUCGUCCACGGCGCCGCAGACGAUUACUACAACGACGUCCCCCACCACGUGCUACCGCCCCCAGCCACGAGUACUAAUGAUGGUAAUAUUGUGAACAGCCGCCUUUCAAGAGGCCGUUCUCUCACCCUGUCUAUUCCCCCUCCCCCUCCGACACACUUACUCGCUGUCGAACCGCCUUCCCAACCUACCCCGAGCCCGCAGAGCUCCUCGCACGAGGACUACAUCCCCAUACUACACCAACCCGUGCUCAAGUACGGCAAGACACCCGCGAAGACACCGACCCUCGUCGUCGUACCUCCUCCCUCGCCCAGCGACGACGGAUUCACACCCGUCACGCCACCCACCCCGUCACCGCGCACCAAGGCCUUCAAGCGCAUCCGCGUCUCCCAACUCCCGCGGGACGCCCUAGGUAUCGCGGCGGCGGGAUUCUCGCGCCGAAAGAGCCAGCGCGGCGAGAAGGUGGAGGAACCCGACGAGGAGACGAUGCCUCUGUCCCCGCCGUACGACGCGCAGACGAUGGACGCGCAGGUCGCCGUCAAGGCGAAGCCGACGCGGAAGACGCUGUUCGGCGUCCUCGAGGGAUGGUGGGAUCUGGGUCUGUUGGAACGGGGUAGGAGUUUGAGGAGGAAAUGA